GGGAGCGGAAAGAAGAGAGGUUCUGGUAGCGUAGGAGAUUGACUGCGGCGGCGGAAUUCCGGAAGUGUGUGUAUAUAAACCAAGUGGUCAGCAAGCGACAGGCUGCUUAAUUUCUCUUGGUAAUAUUUUACACAUCAUGCAGGGAAAUCUCCAGGUCACUACGCAUUUCAACCGUCUUUUUGCCCCCUAAACUCAAUUCACCCCAACCUUUACGUAUCAAUGAAGAUGGAACAAGAGGACAGCCGGCAGUUUUUGAACGCUCUCAUCAAGCGGAGGUCCGAUGUCACACUGCAGCGCACUGUGUACAGAAAAGCGGCCUGGUGGGAUAAUACCUACACUAUUCCAACUUCGCCCCAGUUGCAUAUAAGCGCGCUCUUGUAAAAACUCUUCUACAGGGCCGGGCGUAUUUACAGUCUUCACGAACCGUUGCUUGCGGUCCAUCGCCUGUGUGUGUUGGCUGAACCACAUAACCAACGUUGAGGUCAGACAACGUGUCUUGACUGGCGACAGCCACUUUCUCGCGGCGCUUGUCUCGCUGCACCAACUACGAGGGCUCGGAUACGUACUUUGUAUACCCGUUCAACGUCUUCCGCGGUGUGCCUUGUUUGCGGUCGCUGAACAGGCUUGGAAGAGGCGACGUGGUGGACAGCCUACAACUUAGAGAAACAGGAUGAAAAAGUUUACAAAAUCACUAACCACGGUUGGUUCCUCCCGACUCCCUGGAUGGUGUCCCAAAGAUGCUGAGUGCCAUUGGUUGGAUACCAUGGAAGUCAUGGCUGGAAAUCGAACUCAGUGGCGGGCGUGUAUCUCUGCUUGUUGCGGUAAUUCCCCUUGCUUCCUCCAGUAAAAGACGUCAAAAAAUCCAACAACUAACUACGCCCGUCAGUCUGAGGCGGAUGGACACAACUCUCACGUGAUCUCGGUUGAAAAGCUGAACAGUUCCCGUCGUGCAGCGGCUGCAUCCAAGAAACGGUCGAAAAUUCGUCACAAGCACGGCAUGGUCUCAAAUACGAAUGUCAACUCCCCGUCUGCAGAAGAGGGCCAGCAUGAGACUAGCUGUGGCAUUCUGUCUAGCUUUGUCGAAUGUCCGCCGGUGUCUUGUUCGCCUAAAAUGAGUUGUGAUGAUCGGGUACCAAAAAUCGACUCCCCUCAUCCGGUUUCCUCAUCAAAACUCAGUUCGCCCCAAGUGUAUACCGACGAGUCGAAUGAAUACUUUGGUCUAGCCUGCUCCUCCAGUCGUGAUGAUCUCUGUUUUCGACCCUCAUCUUCCCCUUCUGUAAGCGCUUUGAUGGAUGACACUGCUGCACAGCCAUCCUCCACUCGUGAUGAGACAUUAUUUACCAGCACCAUGCUGAGCAGUGCCUUAAAUUGCCAUCUGGCUCCGUUGGCUACCACUUGGGAUCACAGUCCUGCGAUGCAUUCUUGCACUUCCACUGUCGCAAACGGUCACUGGACGCCCACAACUAUGACGGAUCAAGAGGCCUCCUCGAUGUCAGUCACGACAACAUUUUCUCGAAAUGAACCACCUGGUUUGGAACUUGGCCAUUUACUGACAUCCCACCCAUCCUCUCUUCCUGUGAACAAGUCUAACCCAUGUCAUCAAUUCAGUGUGGCAGCCUUGACAGAUGAACUAACUACAAACACCAGUGCAUCGUCCCGGAUUCCCCAUUCUCCUUUCGGAGCAAAAUGUGUCAAGCCCCCCAAUCGAGUACAGAGACGAUCCAGCGCCAAACGGGUCCCAAUUCAGCGCGCUACAUCUGGACAGCUUCCCAGUCGGGAGACUGGCUUUCCUCCACAUUCCAGAACGCAUCCAUCCUCAUCUAUUUAUAGCGGUCCUAUCUCGGGGUUUCCGGUUUCUGUUGUCCCCGCCACCAGCUUUCACGCGCAACCCACCGUGUCUCAUCUGGAUGGUAGGCGUCCACAUUUGAAAUCAGAUCCCAAUUCGGGCAGACCACCAUCCUUAGGGAGUCGAACAUCCUCCGUUCGUUCUCCACCCUUAACUCAUCCUCAACGCCACCCUCAUACAUCUUCCUCCUCCUCCUCCCCAAAAGCAUCUGGAGCUCGGAGUUGGAAUUCACCCGCGGUCUCUCUUCCCCACUUGACAGAUGGUGUACAGUCCCCAGAUCCACGUGUUCUGCAACAUCUUAUGGGUAUUGAUGAAGCGACUGCAGAACGUUUGUUGGCCAACGCCCGCUUCAAUAAUUUAUACUCCCUCACUUUGGCCACAUUGGCUGGCAACGGUGCGGGCGGGAGCGACGCACGGAAGCAUCUGCUGCAUAAUGGUUCCACGGACAUUCUGAAGGAGGGGGGUAUUCGUAGCAACGGUGCAAUUCCCUCGGCAAACACGUAUGUGUCGUCGACGUCUAGCCCAUUAGCCACCAAGAUGUCCACCUCGACCUCUGUGCCGAAUCGUAUCACGAGGAGUUCUGCAUCCGAUGAUCGUUGUCACGAAACACCUGUGAUAAAUUUUGACACUCCCUGUGAUCUUAAUCUUGCUCUUACACAAGCCCUGUUGCACAACGCCUACAAUGACCGAGAGUUGGUGAGCAGGUUGCCUGUCCCAAACGGUACCGCCAGUAGGAAGAUGCCCUUGUUACAACCUCCAUCCAGAGAUGCGUCGCCUGCUCGUUCGUUCUCCUCUAUACCUCAUUCUGCUCCACUUCUAACCCAUGGGUGUUUACCACCUCCUCCUCCGUUGAUCGCAGGAUGUGCGCAGCCUGAUGGGCCCGACCUUCACGGGUUUCCUCGAACCUCACUAUCCUCUGAGGUACUCCAUCGACCUCGCCUUUCAUCCUUGUACAGUGCAGGGCAGCACCCAAAUCCUGGUUUCUCGUAUUCGCCCAUGACUUCUUUACCCCUGCCGGCUCCCAACGCACAUCUUUCUGAAUUAGCGAGUCAUACAAAUCAGAAGCAGUGGGAAGCCUAUUUUCGGGAGAAGAUGCUCAGUAUGGCUGUCUCAGGCGAUUCACCCAUGGGAAUGGGACCGCCUAAUCUAUCACUCUCUUCUUCGGUCAAGGGGACUACGAUGUCUUCUAAAGUGCCUCUUACAACAGUCACCUCAUCCAGUGAAUUGUCACAAUCAAGAGCUUUGUUCGAAGCUAGUACAACUCGAACUCCUCUCAAUCCACCUUCCCCAUAUCACGUGAACUCCCCGCACUCAGGCCCACUUGCUCGACCUCUUGCGUGGUUCGGUUCGACAAAGGGCGUACCGGAACAGACAAAGCGUCAGUUGUCCAACUUGCUUCGUCAACCGGCGCACACGUGCGGUCGGUGGGCUGAUGCCCAUGUUCGUAUCGCACGUUACAUCGAGCAACAACAACUCCUGCUGGGAUCACGAACCCCUUGCGAUGGGUUCAUCACCGUUGGAUCGACCAGUUCAUCAUCCAGCUCCUCCCGAUGUCCCAUUCGUCCGGUUCCAUGCCCGAUUCCACCACUUUUACCACGACCUUCAGGACCCAUCAGCUUUCCAACCCUUCCGGUAUCCAUAUCGUCUUCGCAGCUGUCUAAUCCAAUCGCCUCCGUGAGGCCUCCGCUGAAUACGCAUCCCUCCCUGGAUACACGGAUUCAGCAACCUCACACAUCGGUACCAGCAAACUUCGUGUCUGAUGGACCUAUCGAUAGUAAUGCGUUCCUCAGCCGUCUGUUCAAUGGUAUGUUGUCAAACAUGCCAGUAGAUUGGACUAGCAAUGGCCAUUUCUUCUCCAAAGAAAUGUCCGAGAUGCUUUGGGCUUCAGCUCUUCAGAAAUUUUAUGGCCACCCGGUUGUUCCACAAGUGCUGAGCCAGUCUAGACCUCCUUGGGUAACCAGUGGAUCGCCAUCGUCUGUCCUGGAUCUGACCCACUCUGCCAGAGAUCCUUUGAGCACAUUUUUUGUCCCUGGUGUUCGACCUCGCGCACCAGAUCCUCCUGGAUUGUUUACUCCAUCAUGUGCUUCCAUACCGGCCUCUUCAUACCAUGGUCCCCUUACGACGCUCACCAGUUCACAGUCUGGUGCUAACACAAAACGUCGUCGACUGGACGUUCCACCUAUACUCCAGACUCCGCUGUCCCAUCCGCCUCAUUUUGACCUAUCUCUUGUGUCAUCGUCGCUUUCUCUUCAUCCACGAACGUCCCGUCCUCUGGAUGUAUUGACUCCGGCAGUUCAGAAACAUGCCAAUCAACCUAACGGUUACCAUGCGCCUGCUUUAUCCGAUCCUUGGAACCCAACGAACCAAUUCGCAAGAAUGGAUGCAAACUAUUCUAACUGUGCCGAAAACAGCUUAAAAUUGCCAGCUCCUCCCUCACAUCUUGCUCCCAUCCAUCCUUGGUAGAAUUUCAUUGGUCUCGCACGGCACAUUGUGUAUUCACUUUCCUCGGCUCUGACAGUCCACUUGAAGUGGUGUGUACUCUUUCUGUAAAGAUUCUUGUGUAACAUUCCUCGCCUACUUGGACCCUCGAAUUUCUUAUUCUUUUCUCUGUGGGUCUCUAUCCUCCUUGUCGCCUUGUUGAUUUUCAUAUAAGAUCUCCCACUUUUUCUUAACACAUUUUUACUAUUCACCUUUUCUAAAUGCCGUGCCGUUGUCGUUCAUGAAAGUGCCAUUUUCUAUCGUUUACACUCCAGCUGAGCCAUCACUGUGCCUAAAUGUGUGUCGAUGACGCAGCCAUUUUUUCCUUUCAUAACGAUUAUGUGAUAUCAAUUAUACAGCUCCCUGUGUACAUCCACACACUAAUAGUCAAGCCAGGCUAGCUCGGAUAAUUCGCACUCCGUUUGUCGGACACAUUUCCCCUCCAAUUUUACCUCUCCUGGAUUUGUUUGAAUAUGUUGAUCUUUUCCAGCACCCCUUCCUUCCCCAUCUUUGCUGAGAUCUGCUACCAUCAUGUUUCUCCUUUUCCUCUCAUGUUCCAUUUGUAUUGCUCUUGUUUUACGUUGCGUUUCGCUGCCAAUGAUGUUCAAAAGAGGUGGUCCCAUGCGGUGCCGCUCAGUUCAUCCUUUGUUCUCUUGUCCACUGUACACACAUUCUGGUUCCUGUUACGUUUUACAAUCGUGUAUAAAGUAAAUUCCUUUCUACACUCUCGAUCUUCUUCUCUUUCACGUGUACUUUUCCUUUGGAAUUCCCACGGACUCUGGUGUUUAUGUUGGCUAUCAUUAAACUGGUGUGAGGACACCGGUGUAUGUUUACCUUUUCCUACUUUCGUUUUGUUUCCUCCUCACAUAAAUUUGCAACGCGUGCGG